AUGGCCAAGUCCAAGACCGGUAUCAAGGAAGCCUUCGACAAGCUGGAGUAUAACAAUUCCGAGGAUCAAUAUCCUCAGAAUUCGUUCUGCAAGGGCCUGGGGGCCCCAAGCAGAUUCGAAGCUGUAGUAUACAAUUGCAUGAUCAGAGGAACCAUCCCCCCACAGAUCGACGGGACGUUCUAUCGAGUCAUGCCCGACACCGUCUGGGCUCCACGCUGUGAAGACGACAUCUUCAUCAACGGUGAUGGAGCCAUCGACGCUGUGCGUAUCAGGGAUGGUCAUGCAGACUUCAAGCAGAGAUACGUGCGAUCGCAGAAGUUCUUGGUUGAGAGGGCGGCUAGAAAAGCUUUGUUUGGCCAGUGGCGGAAUAUUUGGACUGAUGACCCAAGGGUCAGACACAUUGACCACGCUACGGGGAACACGCACGUCGUCCUCUACGACAAACAGCUGUCGGCGAUGGAAGAGGACGGCCUUCCCUAUGCAAUGGACCCAGACACGCUGGAGACUUAG